AUGGCAUCAGCAUGCACCACGGCCAAACGACCCCCAAAGCUCCGGGCGGCCUGCAACGAGUGUCAUGCGGCCAAGGCAAGUGAUACUAGGUCUUCAGGCUUAUUUCUCCAGUCUAAUUUUCGCCGAUUGGUCUGUAUAUUCUCCAUCUCGAGAAUCGGCAAAGUCCCGGGGAAAAGAAGUAAAGCAAAUCGAGCGGCGGCGGCGGCAGCAGCUUUGGCCGCCUCCUCGUCUUCAUCUACGCUCAACUCAACUUCUUCGACAUCCCUCCCCUCACCUACAAACCUGAUUCCGCCGAAUGAAGCUUUGCAUUCAUUCCGUUCUCUACAACACUCUGAGGAUGGGACUAACGUCUCUCGACCACCAUAUCCCGUUACAGUGUUGACAGGGUUUCCCCGAGAUCCGUCCUCCAUGAUCACUCCGGUACAUGACUACACCAGCAACAUCCAAUUCUACGCUGGCGAUGGUCCUCAUCCUGAUCCGGUCUCUCUACCGGAUGUUCUUCCAUCCAAUGCACCCUAUAUCCUACCCACUAACGUCGACAUUGGCCUUUCCGAUCUCAGUAAUCUCCCCUGGACUGCAGAGCUCGAUCAACUGAGCGCGUAUGGUCUACCCACCCCAGGCCUCGAGAUCCCCUGCAUAGCUAAAGCUCCUCCUUUGCCUUUUAGCGAUCGGCAAAUAAACCAUGCACAGGCCCAGAAUUUCCCCCAAACCCAGAGUCAGGAAUGGGACCUCGAUUCUGGCAGCAACACCAGCAGUGUCGAUCCCCGUCGCACCAGCAUCACUUCGAUACGGGCGCCUAUCACACCUCCGGACUAUAACGUUCUUGACGACGCAGUUCCACCCACACCUCACUCCAUGCGUCCCCUUGACCCUCUCAGCAGCUCCGCGUACCUGCAACUCCUCCACGACAUUGAGCAGACCACCGCCCUAGGUCACACGCAUACGGUGGACUCUGUCCUCGCAGCCAACCAGCGCUACCUUAGCACGCUGCUUCGCAUGACGGAAACCCCUGGCUUCCAGUACGGCUACGACACACAUCUUCUAUUCACUGUGGCAUUGAGGAAAAUUAUCGCGCUGUUCACCGCGGGAUAUCGCGAUUUCGUGAUUCGUAUGGAGGGGCCGGAAAGUAACAUCAACGGCAUCAACAGUUACGCAAAUAGCCACAACAACAGCAACAAUGUGGCCACCGGUAUCAAUGGCAGCGGAGCCGACCGACUCAUCCGCUUCGGAGUUUUUGAAAUUGAUCUCGUUGAGCAAAAGGCCAUCUGCCGCAGUAUCCUUCUCCGAGAGUUGAAGCGCGCAAGACUUUGUCUUAUCCGAUUAGUCGAUGUCUUGGAAAGGGAUAGUGGUGGAUGCGGUGGUGCUGGACGCCACGAGGGAAUGUGCGAGGAGAUGAGUCGGCGGUUGGAUUUGUUGGUUGGGUCAUUGGAGGGAGAGUAG